UAGAAAAUAUUCGUUCAAAAUAGAAUAGAAGAAUAUUUAAUAAAUGAAAGUAUAUUCAAUAGAUAGAACAAAGACUUGUUAAAUUUACAAUUAAAUAAAGAGGUUCAUAUUUUAAGAGAAACAUAAUAAAAUUGAUUUAAAAAGUUUUAAACCAAGUUACAACGCAAUGUUAUGUAACAGGAAAUUAUAGAAAACAUUAUCAAAAAGAUUGUGACAUGUUAAUCCCCCUGAAAUAAAUUAAGCUUUAAUAAUUAUGAAAAGGGGCACAUUUUAGACAAUAAAUCAUUAUCAAUAGGGAUAGCGUCCCGCCGAAGGCAAAGCGAUUAUUUUAUAAAAAAAUAAUCGUCUAUUGUAUAAUAGGUUUUAGGGAGGAGUAACUCAAAUUAAUUUUAAAUUGAGGAAUAAAUUAUCUUGUGAUUGGACAAACAAAUUUAGGUUGAUCUUUGAGUGACCACGUGGAAAAAAGGUUUUAAGGGAUAAAUUUUGAUAAUAAACUUCACUUGGUCACUUGAUAGCAAGAAUAAAGAUAUAGCCUGAAUUUGUGUCCAUUAUAUUUAAGGUAUGUAAAGUAUAAGUGUUAACAAUUAAUUAAGAAUAAUAAUUUAACUCUUAAUGGAUUUAUUUUGUUAAAUCAAAUUAAAGUAAAAGAACCUUUUCAGUUACGAUAAGUAUAUUUAUAUAAUUUGUAAAGUUUAUAGGUUUGUUGAAUAUUAGGUAAUUCAAUCAAGAAUUUAAGCAUAUAAUAAGUUCCGUAAAGAUUACAUGUUUGCAGCUAUUGGUUUUAUUUUAUAAUAUUAAAGGGACAUAAUUUGAUAUUGUUUAGAACGAUACUCGUUUGAAGAAAACAAUUUUAGAAAUAAUAAGAACCAAAGGAAUAUUUAAAAUGAUAUUUAUAGAUAAGUUCAACUCUAAGAUAGUCAGGAAACUGAACAAUAAGCAGUAAGUCUUGGGAAGGCGAAAAUAAUUAGGUUUGAUCAACAAGAGAAAAUGUUUAUAUCAACGGGAUACUAGGACUGUAAAAUAAUGUUUAUUACUUAAGAAUGCAAAGAUAUAAGUAAAUAUAUAUUGCUCGAAAGUCCUUAAUUAAUUAUGUCUUUCAAUUCGGAUCAUGCAUUUUAUAAUAUAAGUUAUUUAUUUUUAUAAGAAAUAAAAUAUACUGCCAGUUCAAUUUGAGCUUGAAAUGUGAAGAUUAUAUAUGAGAUUGAGAUAUACAAUUUUACAAUGUUCAUUGUUAAAGGUUUAUAAUAAAGUAUUUAGUUUGACAAAUAGUCAGGGACUAUCCAAAUUGAGUGUUAACUCUAAUUUCAUAUAUAUAUUUAAGAAUGUAAAGAUGAGAGUUAGUUCCCUUGUUAAAAGAUGAUUUUGGAAUAUGCAGAAUUUAUAUUUAAGGUUCUUUAUAUGCAUGUAUGUUUCUUUUAUUUUUGAUAUCGUUAAUUCAUAAUGUAUGUACAAUUGUAAUUAAAUGUUCAUGAUGUUCACUUGGUCACUUGAUAGCAAGAAUAAAGAUAUAGCCUGAAUUUGUGUCCAUUAUAUUUAAGGUCCAGCGGCAAAAAGUUAUCAAGUAUAGCACGAUACAAAACACCCCCAAGUAUCGACACAACAGAUUUGGUGGAGGAGAGAGGAAAGAACGGUACCUAAAAUUUAGAAAUGCCAAGCACCCCCCUAAACAGAAACUUGCGGUCGACCAACAAAACCACAGAAGGAGACCAGCAAGCAACAGAAAGAAUCAUAACAACUGAACCAACUCAACGUAGAACAGAAAGUGUUGGAACAACAGCUGGUACAAGUGGAAUUUCAACAACUAGUACAAGUGGAAUUUCAACAACUGGUACAACUGGAACUACAACAACUAAUAAUAGUGACAACACAACAACUGGUACAACUCAAGUUACUACAGUGGAAAUACAUCCAGAAAGUGACACACAAGGAAUAGUACAACAUACAACCAUGCAACAACAGGACCAAGCACAACAAAAUCCACAGAUAUUUAACCAUAGUUACUUCUUUUCAUCCAGUAGAGGACGUGGAAUCAAACAACAUAUUAAAUGCAAAGAUUUUUUUGUUAAACCAGGUGCCAAACUUUUUGAUCUUUGUGAAAUAGCAUUUCAAAAAUUGAAAAAUAUAAAAGAAAAGAAAUUAGUUUACAUUAUGGCAGGAAUUCCUGACAUGUGUGUUAAAGACAAAGACUACAAGAAAACAUAUGAAGAAGUAUAUUUUGACAAAAAAAGUGACAAAGUCAUUGAAAUUAAACAUGCCUUAGAAUUUAUUACAGAAAGGUUAAGUAAAAUAAAUUGCUAUAUCAUUUAUGUUCCAAUUACAACAAUGAAUAUUGAAAAAUGGAACUACCAUAGACUUUAUAUAAAUAAAACAAAAUUCCUUCUUCAUACAGAAAACUAUAUGAAAAUGCAAGACAACUUAAAUUGGGCUGUUCAUCAGAUAAAUAUAUAUAUUAUAAGCCACAAUAAAACAUCUGAAUUGGCAACUCCAUUAAUACAAGCAUAUGUACACAAAUCUACUGGAUCAAAGAAAAGAUAUGCAUAUGCAAAACUGGUGGAUGGUGUUCAUCCAUCAGAACAAUUGAUUCAAUCAUGGGUAAAACAAAUAAAAAAAACCAUGAGUGAAAAUGAAUCCAGGUUACAAAUGUAGAAUAGAUGAAAAUUGAUGUGCAUGUAUAUAUGUUAUUGGUGUAAUUUUUUUUAUAUAUAGAAACAGUAACAAUGAGUAAUUUUAUGUUAUUUUAUUUAGCAUACAGUUAACUUUGAGGGACCAAAGUUUUUUUUGUCCGACAGGGUAUUUGUGACGUAGAAAAUAUUCGUUCAAAAUAGAAUAGAAGAAUAUUUAAUAAAUGAAAGUAUAUUCAAUAGAUAGAACAAAGACUUGUUAAAUUUACAAUUAAAUAAAGAGGUUCAUAUUUUAAGAGAAACAUAAUAAAAUUGAUUUAAAAAGUUUUAAACCAAGUUACAACGCAAUGUUAUGUAACAGGAAAUUAUAGAAAACAUUAUCAAAAAGAUUGUGACAUGUUAAUCCCCCUGAAAUAAAUUAAGCUUUAAUAAUUAUGAAAAGGGGCACAUUUUAGACAAUAAAUCAUUAUCAAUAGGGAUAGCGUCCCGCCGAAGGCAAAGCGAUUAUUUUAUAAAAAAAUAAUCGUCUAUUGUAUAAUAGGUUUUAGGGAGGAGUAACUCAAAUUAAUUUUAAAUUGAGGAAUAAAUUAUCUUGUGAUUGGACAAACAAAUUUAGGUUGAUCUUUGAGUGACCACGUGGAAAAAAGGUUUUAAGGGAUAAAUUUUGAUAAUAAACUUCACUUGGUCACUUGAUAGCAAGAAUAAAGAUAUAGCCUGAAUUUGUGUCCAUUAUAUUUAAGGUAUGUAAAGUAUAAGUGUUAACAAUUAAUUAAGAAUAAUAAUUUAACUCUUAAUGGAUUUAUUUUGUUAAAUCAAAUUAAAGUAAAAGAACCUUUUCAGUUACGAUAAGUAUAUUUAUAUAAUUUGUAAAGUUUAUAGGUUUGUUGAAUAUUAGGUAAUUCAAUCAAGAAUUUAAGCAUAUAAUAAGUUCCGUAAAGAUUACAUGUUUGCAGCUAUUGGUUUUAUUUUAUAAUAUUAAAGGGACAUAAUUUGAUAUUGUUUAGAACGAUACUCGUUUGAAGAAAACAAUUUUAGAAAUAAUAAGAACCAAAGGAAUAUUUAAAAUGAUAUUUAUAGAUAAGUUCAACUCUAAGAUAGUCAGGAAACUGAACAAUAAGCAGUAAGUCUUGGGAAGGCGAAAAUAAUUAGGUUUGAUCAACAAGAGAAAAUGUUUAUAUCAACGGGAUACUAGGACUGUAAAAUAAUGUUUAUUACUUAAGAAUGCAAAGAUAUAAGUAAAUAUAUAUUGCUCGAAAGUCCUUAAUUAAUUAUGUCUUUCAAUUCGGAUCAUGCAUUUUAUAAUAUAAGUUAUUUAUUUUUAUAAGAAAUAAAAUAUACUGCCAGUUCAAUUUGAGCUUGAAAUGUGAAGAUUAUAUAUGAGAUUGAGAUAUACAAUUUUACAAUGUUCAUUGUUAAAGGUUUAUAAUAAAGUAUUUAGUUUGACAAAUAGUCAGGGACUAUCCAAAUUGAGUGUUAACUCUAAUUUCAUAUAUAUAUUUAAGAAUGUAAAGAUGAGAGUUAGUUCCCUUGUUAAAAGAUGAUUUUGGAAUAUGCAGAAUUUAUAUUUAAGGUUCUUUAUAUGCAUGUAUGUUUCUUUUAUUUUUGAUAUCGUUAAUUCAUAAUGUAUGUACAAUUGUAAUUAAAUGUUCAUGAUGUUCACUUGGUCACUUGAUAGCAAGAAUAAAGAUAUAGCCUGAAUUUGUGUCCAUUAUAUUUAAGGUCCAGCGGCAAAAAGUUAUCAAGUAUAGCACGAUACAAAACACCCCCAAGUAUCGACACA